AUGUCAAACAAGAAAAAAGCGGGAACGGAAGUGCAGUCUACCCAGACUCGUAUUGCCAUUGUCAACACCGACAGGUGUAAACCUAAGAAUUGUGGCCAAGUGUGCAAAAGAUCGUGUCCGGUCGUCAAACUCGGUAAAUUUUGGUUAUUUCGAUUUUCAUUUUCUUCUAGGAAAACAAUGCAUUGUCGUUGAUGCUUCUUCCAAGGUGGCAGAAAUUUCGGAACAUCUAUGCAUCGGUUGUGGUAUUUGUAUUAAGGUAUUUUAAUUUAAAUUUUAUGAAAAUCUUUAUUGUUUAGAAGUGUCCUUACAAUGCGAUCAGCAUUAUUAACCUUCCUAGUAACCUGGAGAGGGAUACUACCCACAGAUAUGGGCCAAACUCUUUCAAGUUGCAUCGUCUCCCGACUCCGAGGCAAGGGUCUAUUCUUGGUUUAGUCGGAACAAACGGUAUCGGCAAGUCAACUGCGCUGAAAAUCCUUUCAAGUAAAAUGAAACCCAAUUUGGGAAGAUUCUCGGUAAGAAAAGAGAAACUUUUUAUUUUUGUUGUUUAGGAGGUAGUUCCAUGGACCGAAGUUUUGAAUUAUUUCCGUGGAAGUGAGCUUCAGAAUUAUUUCACCAAAUUGUUGGAAGAUAAGUUCAAGUCUCUCAUCAAACCCCAGUAUGUCGAUCAGCUCCCCAAGUAAGAUUUAUUUAAUUUUUGAAUCGUUUAAGAAUUUUUUCCUUACACUAUUCCUUAUAGGGUUUUCGCUAAGAAUGGGUUUACAAAUGUGGAAGAGGCAUUGAAAGCUAAGAAAGAAGUGGAUAACUUUGAUGAGAUCAUUGAUCGUCUUGGUAAGAGAUGCACUGUAUCUAUUUUUGCGUUUAGAACUACGGCAUUUGUUCGACCGUGAUAUCAAAAAUCUGUCUGGAGGUGAAAUGCAAAGAUUUGCGAUUGCUUUGUGUCUGAUUCAGAAGGCCCAGAUCUAUAUUUUUGAUGAGCCAUCUUCGUUCCUGGAUGUAAAACAGAGAUUGGAAGCUGCUAAAAUGAUCCGAGAAUGUAGUAAGGACGACAAGUAAGGGUUAUUUAAAUUAUUAGACAUCAUACAGCGAUUUCUACAAUUGGAUUUUAGCUAUGUCAUGGUAGUCGAGCACGAUCUUGCUGUAUUGGAUUACAUGUCUGAUUAUGUUUGCAUUCUCUACGGGGUCCCUUCAGCUUAUGGUGUUGUCACUUUGCCAUCCGGUGUUCGGGAAGGUAUCAAUAUGUUCUUGGAAGGAUUCAUUCACUCGGAAAACAUGAGAUUCAGGCAAGUUACGAUAAAAUUGUUGCCCUAAUCUGAUUUUUUAGAGAUACGUCUUUGUCUUUUAAAGUAACAGAUCAGCUUGAACAGCAAGUGAUAGAACGGACAACGAGCUAUGAAUAUCCGAGCAUGACCAAGACAAUGGGGACUUUCCAAUUGAACAUUGAAGGUGGCACCUUCUCAGAUUCCGAAAUUAUUGUUCUGCUCGGUGAAAAUGGUACUGGAAAAUCUACUCUUAUCCAGUAAGUGUUUUCAUAGUUUUUUUUUGUAAUUUUAUUGGCGUUAUGUAAUCUACAAUUGCUUUUUUUAGAAUGUUGGCCGGUAAAAUGGACCCCGAUGACACUUCCACCGAAGUCCCUGAGCUUCAUAUUUCUUACAAACCACAAAAGUUGUCACCUAAAUUUGAGGGAUCUGUCCGAUCUUUGAUGUUGAAGCGCAUCCCUGACAUGCUGAAUCAUCCAACUUUCAAGACGGAUGUCUUAAAUCCCAUGAAGAUCAACGAGAUUCUUGACCUGGAUGUUCAGAAUCUGUCUGGUGGUGAACUUCAAAGAGUCGCUCUGACAAUUUGCCUAGGAACUCCAGCCAAUGUCUACCUCAUUGACGAGCCGAGUGCUUACCUGGAUUCUGAACAGCGUUUGGCCGCUGCCAAGGUAAUCAAGAGGCAUAUUCUCCAUGCCAAAAAGACCGCCUUUAUUGUGGAGCACGAUUUCAUGAUGAGUACAUAUUUGGCUGAUCGGGUGAUUGUAUUCGAUGGUCAGCCCGGGAAACAAACCAAGGCUAACUCGUAAGGGAGUAUAUCUAUAUUAUGUCUGUUUUUAGACCACAAUCGUUGUUGAAUGGAAUGAACAAAUUCUUGGAGAUCUUAGAUGUCACGUUCCGAAGAGAUGACGAGAGUCAUCGGCCCAGAAUCAACAAGAAGGAUUCCGUUAAAGACAGUGAACAGAAGAAGUCGGGAAACUACUUCUUCCUGGACUCUGCCUAA